GAUGGCAGAAGGCAUAACUGAAGGUGUUAGUAAAUUAAGCAUAAAUUAUGACUGUAUUAUCAAAAUACCAAUAGAAAAACUACGUCACAUUAAAAAUGAAAAAUGUGAAUUUAGACAUAGAGACAGGGAUUAUAAUGAAAGCCAAUUUUACUAUCCAGCAGAUGAAGAUCUUCCAAAUGGAAUAUUCUAUUAUCCUGAUAGCGAAAAAGUAAUAAAACUAUACACACUUUGGGAGGAAGGUGAUAGAGAAGUGAAAUUUACUGUAAAAACAUUACAACUAUCAUCAGAUGAACGGGAAAUAUAUUUUGAAAAAGAACCAGAAUCUAAACCUGACAAGCAAACAAUCAACACUAAUGUUUACACUAUUUUAAAAGACAAGAAAGAAGAAGUUAGAAAAGAUUUUCUAAUAAUCGAAUGGAAAAAAAAACCUGAAAUGAAUUCAACUGUUGAUAGAAAUCGUACAAUGAAAAUUGGCGCAUUUAACACACAGAAAAAAGUUGAUGAUACUUUAAUGGGGGUCAUUGAAAGAUUUGAUUUAAUCCUUUUACAAGAAUCAGUAAAAGAAAUAGAAAAGUAUUUGACAAUUUUUAACAAUUUGAAUCAAAAAAGGAAAACAAAUGGAAACUGCGCAUAUUACGCAAUAGCUAGUAAACUUUCUUACAAUGAUGAAAGGUAUAUCUUUGUUUACAAUACAAAAUAUCUAAUAUUUCGGGAGGGAGACCAAUAUUUGGAUACGACGUUGCUAACAAAUUCAAGAGGAGACACUUAUACUUUGAAUACCUUUUCUCGUCCACCAUAUUUAGUUCUUUUUGGCAUUAAAUAUUGUGAGAUUGAAGAUUUCCUCUUUAUUCCUUUGCACGCUCAUCCUAGCAAGACAAUAAAGGGUUCUAUUAGCGAAGAAUACCAACUGUAUCAGUCAACAUACAACGAAAUAUACAAACUUUUACAACUACCUACAAUGAAAAAAGAGAAAAGUGAAAAUUUCAUUAUUGGUGGUGAUUUAAAUUGGGAUGAAUCUUUUAUACCAAACAGGGAAAAAAGGACAACUUUGGAUGAAAAAAUGAAAGAUGACAUUAAGCUUGUUACUCCAUUUAAAAACACAAUGAAAAUACCAAGAGAAAAUAACCCUAAAGUAUAUGACAGAUUACUUAUCAAAGGCAAAAUGAACCAGUUUGUUAUCCCAAAUAGUGGAAUUGUCUAUUAUGAUGUGAAAAUGAGUGAUCAUUUCCCAAUUGGAUUUGAUAUUAAAUUAAGAUGA